AUGAUGUUGGGAGCGUGUCUCGCAGGCGCCCUGCACACAGAGGCGCUGCGCUGGGCGGCCCUGGGGGCGAUUUGCUACCGGUGCGGGCUCGGCACGCGCGCGGGCGCGCUGCGGCAGGUGCGCGGCCGCCUGUGCGCGUUGGCCGCGCUGCACGCGCACCUCUGCGCGCCGGCCCUGGCGGCCGUCUCCGCGCUGGCGCUGCGCGACGCCAGCCUCGACCGCCGCAUUCUCGAGGGGGCGCUGGUGGCUCGCUCCCGCGGCCCCUGCGGCGGGCUGGCGCUGGCGCUGCGGCGGGGCUCCUCCCCCGCCGCCCCCGCCCUCGCCGCCCUCAACUACGCGCUCUCCCUGGUCGCCGUGCCGCUCGCCCUCAAGUUUUUCUGCGGACAGGCGUCGUGGCCGCCGCCGAGCAGCGUGCUGUGGACUGCGUGCGGCACCGCGGGGCCCUUCGCGCUGGGCUGGUGGCGGCGGGCGGGCGGCGGGGCGCCCCGCGGCGGCGGCGCCGCGCCCCGCCUCUUGGCGCUGCUGCUGCUCUACGUGGACUGUUGCGCCCUGCUGCGCGACGCGGAGGGCGCCCUCUACGUCACCGACGUCAUGGCCACUUUAUUCUUAGAGGUGAGCGGCGUUUCGCUGGCGCUGGCGCUGAGCUCCCUGUACGCGCACUUCGGGCUGCUGAGCCGGUGCGAGAGCCGCGCGCUGGCGCUCGCCGCCGUGCCCAAGGCGCCGGGCCUCGGGUGGGAGGCGCGCGCCGGCUGCAUGGCGUCGGGGCCGGCGCGGCUGCCGGCCGUGUUCCUGGCGCCCGCACAGGCGCUGCUCAUGGCCGCGCUCUACGGCGCCGACGCGGACGCGGACGCCGACGCGGAUCAGAUGGACGCCCUCUCCUAUGCUACAGCCUUGCCGAGCCACCACAUAAAA